GCGCCUCCUGAAGACAGUUAUGGGCUACUGCCGGUGCUCAGAGCUGCAGAAACAGAGGGGCUUUCUCACAUUUCCCGAUCUCUCCCGGCCGAGACCGCCACUGUGCCGCUUCCACAACACAGCCGACAGCGAACCGAAGCGGACGACCUGCUCCCAGCGUGCUCUAAAGCCGUAUUCAACCAAGCCAGCUCCCGCCCGGAGUAAAAUCUACUUAAACAAGGAGUGGAGUGUACCCUGAGGGAACGAUGCUGCUCUGAUGACCUGCUCGGCCUCGGCUUCCUCUAGAGAUUAUUCUCCAGUCAGAAGAGCGGGGCAAAUUGUCGGCAGGAUAUGGUUGGAGGAUUCACGUGAUGGAUAGGUGAUGGACUCCUCCACCACCAUGUCUCCCCCGGUGACUCGCCCUCUUCUGCAGCUCGCGCUCCGGCACGAGUGUGUACCGGCGGCCCACGAACCCUCCACUUCUUUGCCAUGGUGACAUAAGCGGCACUGCAACAUGAGGGAGCGCCAACGUGACCGUCUUGUUUCCUUUCCCAGUAGCUGCUCUCGCUGCUACCUCCAUGCUUAGCUCUGUAACAAUCCGGACUCUGCUGUGAGAAAUUUCUGCCUGUCUCUUUGUUUCUCUUUUUUUUGUUUUCUUUGCCUGCCGCUGAGUGGAACUGUCCCCUUGGCGGGUUGCUGGGCCGGUGGGGCGGAGCAGUGCGGCGAGAGACGAUGCUGGGAUGCGUGACACGCCUCCGUCGGCUGGUCCGCCUCCUUCCCCUGCAGACCUCCCUGCUCAUCCUCUUCCUAUUCUGCACCGUCAGCGUCUUCAUCUUCUCCUACUUCCUCUAUGGCGUCAAGCGAGAACCAGAGCCUUCGGCGGUGGGCUUGUCCGGCCCCGACGGAGCCUCCGCAGACUCGGACUACCCAAGGGUGGUUCCGUCCCGGCUGCUGCCCGUGCGGAGCGUCCCUGGAGGGUCUGGGGUGGACCUCGGAGGGACCAGGACAGAUCCUGUGGUUCUGGUGUUUGUGGAAAGCCAAUAUUCUCAACUGGGGCAGGAGAUCGUGGCCAUCCUGGAGUCCGGCCGGUUCAAGUACCGGACUGAGAUCUCUCCUGGGAAGGGGGACAUGCCCACCCUGACGGACAAGGAGAGGGGGCGUUUCACGCUGGUGAUUUAUGAAAACAUUCUCAAGUAUGUGAACUUGGACGCUUGGAACCGAGAGCUGCUGGAUAAAUACUGUGUGGAGUACGGAGUGGGCAUCAUCGGCUUCUUCAAGGCCAAUGAAAACAGUCUGCUGAGUGCGCAACUCAAAGGCUUCCCCCUCUUUCUUCACUCCAACUUGGGUUUGAAGGACUGCACGGUCAACCCCAAGUCGCCGCUCCUCUUAAUCACCCGGGCGGGCCAGACGCUGCCCGGUCCCCUGCCGGGGGACGACUGGACCGUGUUCCAGUCCAACCACUCCACCUACGAGCCCGUGCUGAUGGCGAAGACCCAGUCGGCCGAGAGCGUGGCGUCACUGGGACAGAACGCAGCCUUGCUGCCCUCGGUGGUGCAGGACCUGGGGCUUCACGAUGGCAUCCAGAGGGUCCUGUUUGGCAAUAAUUUGAAUUUUUGGCUGCACAAGCUGGUGUUUGUGGACGCCGUGGCUUUUUUAACUGGGAAGAGGCUCUCGCUGUCCCUGGAACGCUACAUUCUGGUGGAUAUAGAUGACAUUUUUGUGGGCAAGGAAGGCACCCGCAUGAAGGUGCCUGAUGUAAAGGCCCUGCUGGAGACGCAGAGGGAGCUGCGCACCCAUGUGCCCAACUUCACCUUCAAUCUGGGCUUCUCAGGGAAAUUCUUCCAUGCUGGAUCGGAUGAGGAGGACCUGGGAGAUGACCUGCUGCUGUCCCAUGUGAAGGAUUUCUGGUGGUUUCCUCACAUGUGGAGCCACAUGCAGCCCCAUUUAUUCCACAACCAGUCGGUGCUGGCCGAGCAGAUGCUGCUCAACAAGAAAUUUGCCAUGGAGCAUGGGAUUCCCACGAACAUGGGCUACGCAGUGGCCCCUCACCACUCUGGGGUCUAUCCUGUACACAUGCAGCUGUAUGAUGCCUGGAAGAAAGUUUGGGGCAUCAAAGUGACCAGCACCGAGGAGUACCCUCACCUAAAACCCGCUCGCUUCCGACGGGGAUUCAUCCACAGCGGCAUCAGCGUGUUGCCCCGGCAGACUUGUGGUCUUUUCACACACACCAUCUUCUACAAAGACUACCCAGGCAGCCCAAACGAACUGGACAAGCUCAUCAAUGGGGGGGAACUCUUCCUCACUGUUCUGCUGAACCCUAUCAGUAUUUUCAUGACCCAUCUAUCCAACUAUGGGAACGACCGUCUUGGUCUGUACACCUUCAAAAGCUUGGUGAUGUUUGUGAAGACGUGGACCAACCUGAAGAUGCAGACUCUGCCGCCUAUCCAGUUGGCUCAGAAAUACUUCAGCCUGUUUCCAUCUGAGAGAGAUCCCCUCUGGCAGGAUCCUUGUGAGGAUAAAAGACACAAGGACAUCUGGUCCAAAGAGAAAACAUGUGACCGCUUCCCAAAGCUGCUUGUCAUUGGGCCUCAGAAGACAGGGACAACAGCACUUUACCUAUUUCUUGGCAUGCAUCCUGACUUGACCAGCAACUAUCCCAGCAAGGAGACGUUUGAGGAGAUCCAGUUCUUCAAUGGACACAACUAUCACAGAGGCAUUGACUGGUACAUGGAGUACUUCCCUCUGCCCUCCAACACCAGUUCAGACUACUACUUUGAGAAGAGUGCCAACUACUUUGACUCUGAGGUGGCUGCUCAGAGGGCGGCUGCUCUUCUGCCUAAAGCUAAGAUCAUCACCAUCCUCAUCAACCCAGCGGACAGAGCUUACUCCUGGUACCAGCACCAAAGGGCUCAUGACGACCCAGUGGCGCUGAAGUACUCCUUCAAUGAAGUCAUCACUGCAGCCCGCGACGCUCCAAUCAAACUACGGAUUCUCCAGAAUCGAUGCCUGGUACCGGGUUGGUACGCUGUCCACCUGGAGCGCUGGCUGAAUCACUAUCAUUCCAGCCAGUUGUUGGUUUUGGAUGGACAGAUGCUGAAGACAGAGCCUGCCUCGGUCAUGGAUAAAAUCCAGAAGUUUCUUGGCCUCCCCAACGUCAUCAACUACCACAAGAUCUUAGCAUUUGACCCCAAGAAAGGCUUCUGGUGUCAGUUGUUAGAGGGAGGAAAGACCAAAUGUCUGGGAAAGAGUAAAGGACGCAGGUACCCUGACAUGGACCCUGAGUCCCAGGAGUUCCUCAGGGAGUACUACCGUGACCACAACAUUGAGCUGUCUAAGCUGCUCUACAGGAUGGGUCAGCCGCUACCCAGCUGGCUCAGAGAGGAGCUGGUCCACACCAGGUAGCAGCACCGCUGCAGGGGAAAACCACAGCUCCACGUUCCGAAACACGGCUCCACCCUGCAGGGCUCACCAAUCUGAAAGAGACCUGAAAGAUUGGAGCUCGGGCCUUGAGAUAAACCGAACAAGAACUCGAAGCUUAACGCUGAUCUUCUUAGUGGAGAGCAGACUGGCUUCAGGGCUGCCCUGAAACUGUGUCCUGAGGAUUUCAGUAAGGAAAGACUCGGUGGUGCACAGUGGAGUGGGGGGUCCUCCGGUGUUCGAUAAUCCCGGUCCCGUUGAUCGACGUGUCAUCCCAUAAACUUUGUUGCCUGAGACUGAAAAAGGAAACACAAAUGAACUCUGAGCAGUUUUACCUGUCAGUUCUGUAAACGGGCAACAAAUGUAAACACUAUCACAUGUCCUCUGUGAUAAGGCGUGAUGUUUGGAGCGGAGUAGGACAGUAUUGUCUCAACAAACGGCAGCAUGUUGGACGUGUCCAGUCGAACUACUUUUGAUAGGAGUAUAUGAGCAGUAAGUGAGGACGUGAGGAGUCCUGACUCAGGCUGCAUCUUGUAGCCUUCCUCAAUAGGCCUUGGUAGAAUCUAGUUAUUGCAUUUACAAGUGCCAGGACAGAAUCUUCAACAAACUAUCAACCCCUUGGAUAUCUGAGGGAUCCUUCUUUUUUUCUCUUUUGUUUCAAUCAACUCCUGUUUUGUUUUCUUCUGUCUGACUUAACAUUUCUGUAGUGCUGAUGGAAAUGCAUAUUUUGUUAGAAUGUACCAAAACUAAACCUGUUAGAGGUGUUGUUCCCACCCAAGCGGGAUGAGCAGCGCUGUUGUCGGCCCGGCCUGCAGCGUGGUGACCCCCGAGCCGGCCGGGGCGGGAACAGGACGGAUGGACGGACACAGAAAGCACAAUGGCACUCGAACGAGCGUCGACCCUGAUCAUACAGGUUAACUGGAAAGCACACAGAGUUCAUGGCUCCUACUACAAUCUGUGAAGAUCAUAAGCUAGCUACUGUAUGCAUGGUCCUACAGAUUCAGAUUGUGUACAGAAGAAAAAAAAAGUGCAUUUCAAAAUGUUAUCAGCGUUUUUAUUUGUUAAAAUUGUAUAUUUUUUUGUGUUUUAUGUUUAAUUUCAUUUACAAGCGAGUAUAGACCUGGGAAGAAUAGAAAAACAAAAAAACUGAUCAACUGUACGCCAGGUGUUUUCAUACGGAUGUUUGGGUGUAGGUCAAGGUGUUACCAUUGCAACUAGGUGUUCAUCGGUAACAAAAAGCUGCUUUUACUGCAAUAGUUUUGUACGUUGUUCGGAUGUAAUUACAACGCACACGACGGUUUGUCAUUUCCUGACUUUGUAAUGUACAUAAAAUCCUUCGGUAGACCUAAAUUAUUGAAUGUGUUUGGGUUUUACUCUCCCAUCAGCCUGUUGUCGUAGCGUUUAUAAACGUCAGUGCUGCGCUGAGGGGGAGUUUGGAUCCUUUCAUCAUGCAGAAGUGUUUCCUCUCACAUCCUCUCACUGCCAACUGUUGUACAAAAGUGCAGAGUUUCUCCAUAUAUAAAGUAUUAAACACAUAACAGCAACGAUGGUACUAAUCUCCUGGACUGUAUGAUACAGAUUUGUAAUUGUUGUCAAUAAUUUUUACAGUGUAACUAAUAUUGUCGGUGCUUUUUAAUUUGCAAAUAAAACACCACUGUAUUUUUCAUUA